AAACAACUAACUUUCGGCAACAUGGCGAAUGCUGUCGUUCAAUACUAGUGGUACGGGUUCAUAAAAAAAUCGUUAAGACUUCCAAGUCCAUCUUGAAUCUAUUUUCAAUCAUAAAUACAAUUUAGUUGUACAUAUUAUCUUUUAUUAUUUUUUAAUCAAUAACCCGAAAAUCGAAUUGAAGUUUCUGUAAGGAAUAUUUUACCAUGCCCCGCCGCGAACCUAUUGAAGACGUCAGCUUUACUGAUGAUGAGGCCUUGCCUCCUGGUAUAGUAUUCACUGAUACGCUAAAAAAGAAAUGGCGUAUAGGAAAACCAAUAGGUAGAGGAAGCUUUGGCCGUAUAUACUUAGCCUCUGACAACAGUGAGCAGGAGGUAACUAAGCAAAAUGCUCGUUACGUAGUCAAAAUAGAACCACAUAAAAAUGGGCCACUGUUUGUUGAAGUGCACUGUCUAAUUAGGACAGCCCAAUUUAAUGAAGUUAAAGCAUGGAGACAGAAGAACAGGAAACGUUUAGGCAUGCCAAUAUAUAUUGCAAGUGGCUCAUUUACGGAUGAAAACUCUGGCACCAAAUACAGAUUCCUAGUCUUGCCCCGCUAUGACAUUGAUCUUCAAAAAAUCAUCUCAAAAACAAAAGUAUUAGACUUAAGAAAUGUCCUUGUGAUUGCUAUACAAAUUCUCGAUGUUUUAGAACAUUUACAUAGCAAAGGGUACACUCAUUCUGACAUUAAAAGCUCCAACCUCAUGCUAGGUUUUGAUGGAAAUAAAUUUAAUAAUGUAGUUAAAGUACCUUCUUUCCAAAAAGAUAAUAAACAAAUUUUGUUAUUAUCUAAAAAGCACAGAAAAACUAAAAGUAGUAGGGCCAGAGUCUCCAAUUAUUAUGAAGACGAAGAUUAUAAAAUCAGGGACAGAACCACAGAAUGCCAGGAAGAAAAUGACAAACAUUUGGCAACUGUCAAAAAAAAGUUGAGAAAAAUCCUCUCCGAUAAAGACAGUAGAAGGUUGCACCGUCACCAUGCUUUUAACCUAAGGCAACUGUCUAGUUAUGUUAAUUAUGAAGAUUUAAAUAGUUCAGUAUGUUCUGACCAAUCUUAUCAAAAUUUCCUAGAUGAUUUUGGCCAUAUUUAUUCACCGACAAAAGUUUUUAAUGAAGAUACAACACUUGCACAAAACGGCAAAGACAAUUCAGAUGAGAAAUAUAAUGAGGCAGUUUUAUCCCAAUCAAAUGGUCAGAUUUACUUACUGGACUACGGCCUCGCUUCAAAGUUUAUCGAUUCAAAGGGAGAGCACAAGGCUUUUGCUAUGGAUGCCAGAAAAGAACAUGAUGGAACUUUGGAGUAUAGUUCUAGAGAUUCUCAUAUUGGAGCUCAUUCAAGACGUUCUGAUUUGGAAACUCUUGGAUUCAACCUCCUAGACUGGCUUACAGGAACCUUGCCAUGGAAGACCUCUGAAGUAUUAGCUGAACCUAACCUCGUACAUGUAUUAAAAAAGAAUUUCAUGGGCGACAUUAAGUUGUUACUCAAAACGUGUUUCAAAACUGAAUUUUACCCUCAGUUCCUGGAGAAAUAUCUAGAGUAUGUAAAAAGUCUUGAUUUUGCAGACAAACCUGACUACGACUAUUGUAGGAGCCUUUUUAGGGCAGAGUUGUUGAAAAAUGGAUACAAACAAGAUAAGGAAUUAAACGUAAAUGUCUCUGAAACACCAAUGUCUCCCAUGAGAAGUAAAUGCUACUCAAAAAGAUUUGGUAGAAAGAACACACCACAAGAUUUCAUCUCUCGCAACGGAAUAAAGAAAGCUUUGGAAAGAGAAAAUGUGUGCUCUCUAGAAAACGAUUUGAAACUUGAGCUUUUAAAGCAAACAUUGAACACCUCAAGUGACGGCAUACGCAAACCGUGCACUUCUAGAAACUUCUUCAUAUCAGAUGCAGACUUGGUUGCACGCUUGAAGAAAUCGUUGAUGCCCCAUGAUAUUUUUGGUAAAAAACUGUCACCGAAAAACCUAAGGUCCAAACAGAAGAAUAUUGCAAAACGCAAAAGUGUCAGGAGACAUAGAAAUAGCAUUGGGAAAUUUGGGAAGUUCAUGGGGUCUGCCAAACAGUUCACUUGGGCUGAAAUCUUAGCUCGGAACCCAGAAGAUAUCAUUCGUAAAGAGCGUAACCCGGUGACCGACAAUGAAGCAGAGGAUGACGACUCCACAUGCAAAUACAGAAUCAGAAAACUCUCCGAUGCAUCAGAAAACUCGGAUACUCAAUCUCCUAUACUGCAAAAAGAAUAUUUGCAUGACAAAAAUCCCACUUACGCCAUGAAUGAAGUAAUUGCCAAUUUAAAGAAAAGAAUAAAUAGUAAAACUGCAAAAGAAACUAAUGAAACCCAGCCACUAAUGGAAGGAUACACUCCCGCAAUGAUGAAAUAUUAUUUGAUAAAGCAAAAACGUGAGGCAAAGGAAAAGAUUGAGGAGCAAAUCAAAAAACACAGUGUACGGGAAAUCACAGUACGUUGUACAAGAUCCAAGGUGAAUAAACCGAAAAAAACAGAAACCAGAUCAACAUCAACAAAGAGAAAGGCAGCAGAUGAAGAGAAAACUGUUGAGAUUUGUGAACAAGUAACUCCUAGGAAAAGUAAGCGAAAAACUCCUAGGAAGAGUGAUAAUACCCCUAAGACUGAAGUCACAACUGUAGAAACACCUAGUAAUACUAAGACUACACCUACUAAAAAUAAGAAAACAGUGAGGAAGACAACCGUCACAGUUAACAGAAGAAGAUUAAGGAGUAGCAAACGUAGGAAAAGUUAGAUUAGUGUUAGUUAUUUUAUAGUUCUUAGCUUAGUUUAUAGAACAGGCUCAGACUAAUUAUAUAGAGACCUGCCUCGCUAAACUUUACCCCUCUGUCAAAGUAUAAGAUCAAUGAUCUAACGCGUUUAUGAAAGCUCUCUCUAUAGAAUCAUUGUUUCAUAGUUGUAGUUAUUUUGUUUGUGUCCAUUAAAAAUCGGUUUGUGUAGUUGAAUGGUGUAGAAAACUGUUAACAACUUCUACUUUAUUAAAACAAGGUAAGUUUCAUGUGUAAGCAUUUCUAACUUAUUUGUAUCAAAGUAUUACAAACAAUAUUUAAAAAAAAAUGAUUCUUUAGCCUUAACUAAAUAAAUACUCUAUGUCAGAGAGCAUUUAUCGGCGAAGGCGAAUAAUUUUUUAACGGACUUCCAAAAAGAAGGAGGUUCUACGUUUGGCUGUAUUUAUGUUUUUUUUUUAAUUUGUUUUUAUACAAACAACAGAGAGUAUGGUCUAUUUCAUUUUGGUCUGUUAUUGACCUAUCUAAAUGAUGUAUUUGUCAACAUUGUAUUGGGAUGUGUAAAACUUGCAUCACAUACAUGUGUGUAUAUAGCAAUUCAAAUAUAUAGUUGUGUGUAUCGAAAAGACAUUUAUUGGUGUUACAAUUUUCGAUGUGUGAGUUUACCUUCCUCAAAAAACGACAGACAAUUUUGUUUGUAAAUUUGUGUGUGAUACUAGUCUUAAUAUAAUUAGUCUGAGAGUACAUUGUCUUGUCACGGCUCCACAUCAGUCUAAGAUAGCUCCACGGUAAGAGCGGUCGGACUCAUCACCGAGGGGUGUUGGUUCGAUCCCCGCCCCGUUUGAAAUUAGGAAUGGAAAUAGAUUUUACUCUGGAUUAACACAUAGGCUACUUUUUAUCCCGGAAAAAUCCAUGGUUCCCGCGGAAUUUGUAAAAAACUGAAUUCCACGCGGAUUUCAGCCAAAUCGCUACAGUAGCCGCAGCGUAAAGGAGGAACAAACAUACACACACACACUUUUGCCAUUAUAAUAUUAGCGUAAUGACGUGAUGAAAUAACAUGAGGGUAAUAUAUUUCAAUUGCCGGAUCUGUACUAAUAUUGAUGGGCUGACAAACUUUCAGAAAAAAUGACGAAGAUUUAGCCAUAUAUAAGAUGUUAUGUGUGGAGCCUGUAGACACAGAGUUUUUAUGUUCAAAAUUAUCAACUGUAUGUGUAAUAGGUUUAGGUAGUGUAAGUAAGAUUUAAUAAAAUCAUUGCAUUUAAAUUAAAUAAAAAACAAAAAAAAUUAUCUGUGUUAAGGUUAAAAAUCAAUGUGAUUUAAAUCGUAUUUACGUAUUAUACCUUAAUCAACAAUUUGUUUUUUUUUUGUUAUACUUGCGAAAAUUCCAUUACAAUAUUUUUUUACCAUUGCGAAAUCAUAUUUUAAACAUUUUAUGAAGAUUAUUUUUAAUAAACUGUACUUACAGUUUGUUUCGUGUACGUUUGUCAAUACAGAUGAGGAGUGUAUACAUAGCUUGGCAACUUCGUUCAUAACACUCCCGAUGGUCCGCGCGGGCCGGGGGGCGUGUAGCGAUGAAUGAAAAACCACAACUGAUGCCCCUCACUUCCCCGCACGCACGAUUUCACACCCGCACAGUCUUUCCCCACGUGGCCCGCAUAUCAUGGUAGUGUCAUCAACGAACUUGCCAGACUAUAGUCUGAUGCAAUCUUUAGACGUCUCCGAAAUAAGAUGCAUGUCAUACCGCCGCCGCGCUCCUGCGUACCCGGGGAUAUCUAAAAUCUUGUAUUGCGCAGCUCAACGCACGAUGAUCGGAAAGGUCAUAAAGGUUGCAUCCGACUAUACUACACAAAGUAUAGUUGAAGCAAUACGUAAUGCGAAAUCAUCAAUACAUAUAAAUAAAAUUCAAGUCUGUCUGUGAUUUUAAAAUAACUGAUUUUGUUCAAGUGUAUACACACUAUUUUAUUAUACGUGUCUAUUUACACGACACUAAAAGAUAAUCGAGUUUUUUUUUAAAUAAAAUGUGUUUUCCCGGGACUUCCAAUGGAAGAUAAGAGGAGGUUAUUCGGCAACAUAAUAUGCUAGUUUUUUAAAAUUUCCCACGGGAAUUUACAGAGUUACAAAGUUGGACCUGUUUUAUUAAUAAGUAUAGAUGUUAAGUACAUAAAUAUCAAUAAAUCAUCUGUUUGUAA